CAUUUUGUAUUGGAGUUUGAGAGUGAAGGAAAGAGAGAGGCCGUGGCAAAAUUAAGACCGCAAAGGGACAGUCCUGCUUAGGAAGGAUAACUCAUUCGCGUAUAUCAUCUUGGUGCAGAGAACAAAGGAGCUCCAUUUCCCACCAAACAACAAGAAUAAUAAUAAUAAUAUCAUUAAAAAGAAGAAAAAGAUGAUAGUGGUAGGAACACAACAUGUUCACAGAGUAAUCCUCCUCACUUGUAAUCUUCAGUACAAUAAAAAAAAAUAUCAUAAUAAAAAUAAUAAUCAUAUUCAAGGAGCAUUUGCCUUGUCCGCUGGGCCCCGCACAAAGAGAAACCAAUGCCACAGGCUCCGCUCAACUGCUACUGACUCUUCCUUCUCCUCUUCUCCUCCACCGCCGCCGCCGCCGGACAAGGAUAAAAAGAGAAAGGAAGAUGAUGGACAAAGAGAGGCGACAGAGAUACAAACACUAAUAAGAAGAUUUUGGAAAGUAGCUGCUCCUUAUUGGUUCUCUGAUGAUAAAGUGCAAGCCAGAUUGCAACUGGCUGCUGUCUUUGCUCUCACUUUGGCCACCACUGGUAUUAGCGUUGGCUUUAAUUUCCUCGGCCGCGACUUCUAUAAUGCUCUUGCCAACAAAGACCAAGAUCAGUUCACCAAGCAAUUACUCUAUUACCUUGGUGGCUUUGCUGGAGGAAUUCCGUUCUUCGUGCUAAGAGAUUAUGCUAGGGAAAUUCUUUCAUUAAGGUGGAGGUCAUGGAUGACAAAAUAUUACAUGGAGCGGUAUUUGAAAAAUCAAGCAUUUUACAAAAUUCAAUCACAAUCAAUUGUUGAUAAUCCAGAUCAGCGCAUUGUUGAUGACUUAAGUUCCUUCACUGGGACUGCUCUUUCUUUCUCUUUGACACUUUUCAAUGCUGCUGUUGACUUGAUCUCAUUUAGUAACAUUUUGUAUGGCAUCUAUCCGCCACUCUUCAUUGUCCUUCUUCUUUAUUCUGUUGGUGGAACUGCUAUUAGCCUUUAUCUUGGAAGGGGAUUGGUUAAUCUUAAUUUCUUACAAGAGAAAAAAGAAGCUGAUUUCCGCUACGGCCUUGUACGUGUUCGUGAAAAUGCUGAAUCAAUUGCUUUCUAUGGCGGUGAAGAUAAUGAAAUGCAACUUCUGUUGCAACGGUUCAGAAAUGCUUUUGAAAAUUUGACGGAACUGUUGAUAUCUUCUAGAAAUCUAGAAUUCUUCACUAAUGGCUACCGCUACUUAAUUCAAAUUCUUCCCGCUGCUGUUGUUGCUCCUAUGUAUUUCUCAGGAAAAAUUGAGUUUGGUGUUAUUAAUCAAUCAGUAUCUGCGUUUAAUCAUAUCCUUGGAGACUUUUCUCUCAUUGUUUACCAGUUUCAGGCCAUCAGUGCAUUUUCAGCCGUCAUUGAUCGAUUAGGUGAAUUUGAUGAUGUUUUAGAUAGCAGCAGCUCCAAGCAUAUCUCUGACAUAGAAGGGAUUUCUCUUUCAUACUGUAAUAUCAGUUUGGAGUCUAAUGGGUCCAAACCGAUUGAAAAGUGCCAAAAAUUACUGGAGAUAGAGAAUUUGACUCUAAAAACACCAGCAAGUAAAGCUACAUUAAUUCAGGACUUGUCAUUGGCGAUCAACAAGAAUGAUCAUUUACUGGUAAUGGGACCCAGUGGGAGUGGUAAAACUUCUCUAUUAAGAGCUCUUGCUGGUCUUUGGAAUACUGGAAGAGGAAAAAUAACUUUCUAUGUCAAUGAUGGUGAUGAUUUUCUGUCGCCCGCCUAUCCAAUGUCAGCUACAGAAGUAGAUAUUUUACAGGAUAAAUCUAAAGAACUUGAAGGGCCAACUGGUAGAAAUUCAAGAGGCAUAUUUUUUCUUCCCCAGAGACCAUAUAUGGUCUUGGGCACACUUCGUCAACAAUUGCUAUACCCUACAUGGGCCGGCGAUGUAGUUUCCACGUCAGAUGUUAGUAAAUCAGCUGUGCCGUUCUUGAUGGGGAAAGCAAGCUCAAAGACCAUGAGAGGAAAGCCUAGUAAACCCACAACAGAUGAUUUAGUACAGGUUUUGGAGAAAGUUCGUCUUUGCUACAUCUUAUCACGAUUUGGCAGUUUGGAUUCAACAAAUGAGUGGUCCAGUGUUCUUUCCCUUGGCGAGCAGCAGCGCCUUGCUUUUGCUCGUCUAUUGCUUUCAAAACCAAAGCUGGUUCUGCUUGAUGAAGCCACUAGUGCUUUAGAUGAAGCUAACGAGGCACAUCUUUACCAACAGAUUGAAGCAGCAGGUAUAACCUAUAUUAGCAUUGGUCAUAGACGAACUCUAUGUGAAUACCAUAAUACUGUGUUGCACAUAGCAACAGGAGAUCCUUUAAAUAGCAAACGGAAUUGGCACAUCGAGUCCAUCAAUAAUGGAAGCUUGAAUAAUUUGUCAAGUUAGUGAUGGUGCAUUGUGGCUCCUUAAAAUCAAUACUUUGAUUGCUAGCCAGUCUUCUUUACUCCAAAUAGGAGAGCAUACAAAAAAAAAAUGCAGGAAUUUUAUUCAAGGCGAUACUCGAGAUGACGAAUGGAUAUUGCCAAGUUUGAUUCAUUACAGGUCUGUGUUUACAUCAUUAUAAUUUUGUUGAUUCCAGAGUUAUUAAAUGCAAAUAUAUUGUUUUACCACAUUUUGUAAAUUCUAUGGACUUUUUUAUCCAUGCUAAUAUAUUAAUCAUGCAUUUCUUUGCAUUUUAUUGAAA